GUUCGGGCAAGGAUUCGCUUGGGCCGGACGGAGGCUCGAGCGGGGAUCCCCGAGAGCGAGCCCCGGAGCCAGCGGGCUGGGCCAGCGGUGCAGGGGCGGCGGGCCGGCCCGGUGUGGCCUCCGGGAGACAGAUUUGUGCCCUUGGGGGACAUUCGCUUGAAGAGACUUUGUCGCAUAGGCCCAGAGCCGGCUCCUUGGGGUUUGGGGAGUGGAGAGGAGGCAACUCCGGAGCAGAAGCGCGCUGGAGCAGCAGCGCCCGCCUCGGAGCCUGGGGCCCGAGAGUGCGUUGCGGAGAAGGGUGUCAACCAUUAACAGUCCAUAGAAGUUUUCAAGAGCAGCAGAAAAUGAGUGAAUCCCAGGGAUCAGUGUCAUUCAAGGAUGUGGCUGUGAACUUCACCCACGAGGAAUGGCAGCAGCUAGAUGCUGAGCAGAGGACAACAUACAGGGAUGUGAUGCUGGAGAACUACAACCAUCUUGUUUUCAUGGGGUAUGACAGCACCAAACCAAAUGUGAUCAUCAAGUUGGAGCAGGGGGAAGAGCCCUGGGUAGCAGAAGGGGAAUUCCCAUGUCAGAGUCAUCCAGAAGAAGUCUGGAGGGUUAAUGACCUGAUAGAGAAAAUUCAAGAAAAUCAAGAUGGACGCUCAAGGCAAGCUGUUUACAUCCACAGCAAAACCCUGACUGAAAAGAGACAGAAUGUAUUUGACAAAACUUAUAAUGUGGAAACAAACCUUGUUCCUUCAAGCAUAAUAGCUCAUAAUUGUGUCUCAUGUGGAAAGAAUUUAGAAUCUACUUCAGAAUUAAUUAUUAGUGAUGGAAGCUAUUCAAGAAAAAAGCCUGAUGAGUGUAGUGAAUGUGGGAAAACAUUUGGAGAGAAACCCUAUGAAUUUAAUCAAAACAAGGAAGCUUGCUCUCAAAGUGAAGAAAGCGUUCUUCAGAAAAUUAAUGUUUUAGAAAAACCGUUUGAAUUUAAUGACUGCAUGGAAGCCUUAGACAAUGAAGCUGUUUUCAUUACUCAUAAGAACACUUAUAUGGAAGAAAAACCCUAUGAGUGGAAUGGUUCUGGAUCAGACUUCAUCCAAAUGUCAGAUUUAAAUGUAUACCAGAGAUCACAGAUAGAAAUGAAGCCCUUUGAAUGUAGUGAAUGUGGGAAAUCCUUCUGUAAAAAGUCAAAAUUUAUUAUACAUCAGAGGGCUCACACAGGAGAGAAACCCUAUGAAUGUAACGUGUGUGGAAAAUCCUUCAGCCAAAAGGGAACUCUCACUGUACAUCGGAGAUCACACUUAGAGGAGAAACCCUAUAAAUGUAAUGAGUGUGGGAAAACCUUCUGUCAGAAGUUACAUCUCACCCAACAUCUGAGAACUCAUUCAGGAGAGAAACCUUACGAAUGUAAUGAAUGUGGGAAAACCUUCUGCCAAAAGACACACCUCACUCUACACCAGAGAAAUCAUUCAGGAGAAAGACCCUAUCCAUGUAGUGAAUGUGGGAAAUCCUUCUCCCGCAAGUCAGCUCUCAGUGACCAUCAGAGAACACACACAGGCGAGAAGCUUUAUAAGUGUAAUGAGUGUGGGAAAUCCUACUACCGAAAAUCUACUCUUAUUACACAUCAGCGAACACACACAGGAGAGAAACCCUAUCAAUGUAGUGAAUGUGGGAAAUUCUUUUCUCGGGUAUCAUACCUCACUAUACAUUAUAGAAGUCAUUUAGAGGAGAAGCCCUAUGAAUGUAAUGAAUGUGGCAAAACCUUCAAUUUAAAUUCUGCCUUCAUUAGACAUCGGAAAGUGCACACGGAUGAGAAACCCCAUGAAUGUAGUGAAUGUGGAAAGUUCUCACAGUUUUCAUAUUCCCCUGAACAUCACACAAUUCCUUUAGGAGAUAAACGUUAUGAAUGUACUGAAUGUGGAAAAACCUUCCUUGAAAAUACAAACUUCAAUGGGCACCAGACAUUGCCAAAAGGGGAAAAGUCCUAUGAAUGUAAUAUAUGUGGAAAAUUAUUCUCUGAGUUAUCAUACUACACUGUACAUUAUAGAAGUCAUUCAGAAGAGAAGCCCUAUAGAUGUAGUGAAUGUGGAAAAACCUUCUCCCAUAAUUCAUCCCUCUUUAGACAUCAGAGAGUACACACGGGAGAAAAACCCUAUGAGUGUUAUGAAUGUGGAAAAUUCUUCUCUCAGAAGUCUUAUCUUACUAUACAUCAUAGGAUUCAUUCAGGAGAGAAACCCUAUGAGUGUAGUAAGUGUGGAAAAGUCUUCUCUCGGAUGUCAAACCUCACUGUACACUAUAGAAGCCAUUCAGGAGAGAAACCCUAUGAAUGUAAUGAAUGUGGAAAAGUAUUUUCUCAGAAGUCAUACCUCACUGUACAUUAUAGAACUCAUUCAGGAGAGAAACCCUAUGAAUGUAAUGAGUGUGGGAAAAAAUUUCACCACAGAUCAGCCUUCAAUAGCCAUCAGAGAAUUCAUAGGAGGGGAAAUAUGAAUGUACUUGAUGUGGAAAACCUCCUAUGAAAUCAAGUCUCGUUUUAGAAAACCCUCUAAGUAUAAUAAAUAUAGGAAAUGCAGCAGGGAAUCAGAUAAUCUGAGAGUUCGUUUUUCUGAAUAGAGAAAAGCAUGUAGGCAUUAGACUCAUUUUAAUUUGAAUUUUCAUAGAGAAAAAUCCCUAAGAAUAACAAUAAACAAAGCCUUCACCAAGACCCUACAACUCAAUGGACACAAUAAUUUAUGCUGGAGUGAAACCUUAUAAAUAUUUAAUAUUUAUUUUUACUUCAAAUUAUAUUUACAUAUCAGGGAAUCAUACCAAGGCAAAAUCAAAGUGGUAAAUGUGGAAAAUAUAAUGUCUUGGAAAUUGUUAUACUACAAGCCAUAUUUCCAAUAGAAAAUCAGAUGUUUAUAGGAAAGAUAUCAGAAGCUAUCAGCUCUAAAUAAACCACUGUAUAGAAUGAAGUUCUCAAAUCAAGAGUUGAUAAUGAGGACAUUAUCAAUAUUGAAUAUAUGUAUGGCUGUUUAUCAUGUUUUUAAAAUGCAAUCUAAUAGCAAUUCUAUGCAAUUCCGUGUAAGGGUAGAUUUAAAUAUGUGAAAAGGCAGCAUUAUUUGAAUGUUAAGAUGGCAAAAUUUUAACAGGAUAUUGUUGGUGAGUUGUUUGGUAGGUACAAAAUAGUUAAAUACCCAAUUUUCUAUUCUGUAGAGGUAUUUACAAUGGGUUUUUAUGAAUGCCCCCAUCAGUAGGGGAGGCCAUGAUUUUUGUAAAGUUUUUAACUGCAUUUGAGCAAAAAGUGAUUUUUAAAAUACUAUUUUCAUAAACUACACAGACAAUUGGGAAUUGAGUCUAUUUCAACAAAUGUACACCUAUAUUGUUCAUACUCUGUAAAGUGCACAGAUCUCACAUCACUCUUAAUCCACAAGUUUGUGCAGUGCACCACUAUUACAUACUUCAGAUGUUUUAGCUGUACUUUUAUGUGGUAGAAAUAUGGUGUCAUUUUGUGCACUGCCUAUUACUCCCAACAUUUUGAGAAAAGUUAAUACAAAUUCCCAGCAGACUUUUUGGUUCACUAAUUCAGUUCUUUCCCCCCUCACUUCUUGCUGGAAGUGUUUGGGUGUCUGCCUUUUUUCACAUGACACAGGAUAUAUCCUAAUUAGUCUAGGCCACUCAUGAUAAUUCAUUAUAAUUUUCAGUAACUUGUUCAUAGUGGUUACAUGGCCCAGUAUUGGGUCAACAAAUUAAAGAUGGGUUUCUUCUGGAAAAUGGUUAAAACUGAUCAAAUGGGCCUUACUCCUGGAAUGUGUCUUAACACCCCAAAAAAUUAGUUCCUGUGACACAUGAGGAAAAGUCAUAAUAUAUGCAGGCGAUCAUAUGAUAAAAUCAUCGUCCAUUUGUUUUCAGCAAACCAUGGGUUGAAAGGAAUGUUUUUCUUGGAUAAAGAACAGCUUCAAUUGCAUAGCAGCUUCAGAUAGCAUAGCAGUGAAAUAUUGAAAGUUUUGUCCCCCGAAAAUAGGCAAGGAUAUCUCCUCUGACUAAUUUUAUUCAGUAUUGUUAAGAAGGUCCUAGCUAGGAAAGUAAGAGAAGAGAAUCAAAAGACAUGACAAUUAGAAAAAAUAAAAAUUACUUGUGGAUGACAUGGUUUUAUAUAUAGACUAUUCUGAGGAACAUAGAAACAAUUAGAAUCAACAAGUAAAUUUAGCAACAUCCCUGCAUCAAAUUUCAUUAAGUAAAAAUUCUUAAUGUACCAACAGUGAACAUAGGAAAUGGAAGUUUAAAAUCUUCAAGUGGAAAAAUUUACCUAACAUAUUUUCAAGAACUAUUUAGAAAAAAAAUUACAAAACUGAGAGGGGUAUAUCUUGGUUAUAGAUUCUAAGACACUCUUAAAAAGAUACCAGUUUCCCCAAAUUCAUAUUUUUAGUGCAGACUUAAAGUUCUGGAAAAUUAUUUAAUUAAAUUAAGCUAAUUCUUAAUUCUAUGUUAAAAUUCAAAAGGCCAAUAAUGGUCAAGGCUAUGUUCUAGAAUAUACAGUGCUAGAGAGUUAAAUUGCCAAAUAAUGGCAUAUAGUAUGACAUCUUAUAAUGUGAUAUUAGGAUAGCAUCGUUUUGGCACAAAGAUAAAUCAACCAAUGAGAUAAAGAUUCUGAAAGCACCUGUAGAUAAUACAUUCACUUGAUUUUUGAUGAAGGUGAUAAUGCAGUGUGAUGGGGGAAGGUGGUUCUUUCUAAUAAAUUGUCAGGCUUCAUGAUAGAGAAUAGAAAAGUCAGGUGAGGUGAACUGCAUAUCUAAUUAUGAAAUGUAAAAUAAUUUUAAGAAUAAAACCAUAACCUUACAGUAAGUAAAACUUUCAGAAGACUCAAAAAGCACUAAACCAUAAAACAUUUUGAUUUGGAUGUAUUGUUUUCAAACCGCUAUUCAUAAGAAAAAAGGUAAACCAUGGAGUUGUUUGCAACUCAUGUAUAUGACAGCAGACUUAAGUGUAGAAGAGUGGUUGGUAAAUCUUUGGUAAGGGGGCUGAUAGUAUUUUGGAAAUUGAAAGCUAGAUGGUUCUCUGUCAUUCAACUUUGUCAUUGUAUUGUGGAAGCAGCCUACAUAAUGUGUAAACAAAAGAACAUCACCAUGUCCCAAUAAAACUUCACAAACACAGGCAGCAAUCCUAUACUUUACCAGCAGACUAUAGUGGCCAACUCCUGACCUAACAAAUAUAAAAGAACACCUACAAAUGAACAAGGAAAAGAUUACAAUUGGGGGGAAACUUACAUAUCCACUUAACGAAAGAGGGUAUCUAGAUGGCAAAUAGGGUGGAAAAGUAUAUGAAUUUUAUUAGUAAUCAGAAAAAUUAAAUUUAAAACACCUUGUGGUAUUACCCACCCAAACUGGUUUAAAUGAAAAGCACCUGGUUUUGACAAGUAUGUGACAAGCUCUCCACUGCUGGUGAUGUUGCCAAUUGCUAUAACCAUAUUGGAAAGCUGGUAUGUAAAGCUGCUUUGUUUUUACCCUUUUAACUCAAACCUAGCCGAACUGUACAAACAAGUCCACCAUGCAUGUAUAUAGCCACCAAAAGAAGUACUAGGAUAUUCACAGCAUAAAACUGCCAAAAACAGAUCUGAAGUCUAUUAAGGGAUGAAUGAACUUAAACAGUAUGUUUCCACUAUGGAAUAUUGUAAAGCUAUGAGGGUGAAUGAACACUAAGUACUUGCAAUAAUACAGUUUCACAAACUACUGAAAAAAGGAAUCCAGACAGAAAAGCAAACUGUUAUUCCAUCUAUAUAAUGUAUAAGGACAGGCGAAACUGCUCUGUGCAGGUAGAAAUGGCACCUAGCUUUGGCCAAGGCUGAAAAGAGGUACUUAUCUGGUGCUGGUCAUUUUCUAUAUCUAACUCUGGGUGCUGAAUAUCUGAGUGUUGUGUGCACAUAAGAUAAUGUGUAUUUUUGUGCAUGUGUAUUAUACUUUUAUAAAGUUUUUUAAAAAUCACAAAUGUCUGCCAUCUUUGUUGCUCCACACACCAUGUUUUCCCAGAUGUAUAUGAAUAUGCUGCAUAACAUAAAUUAAGUGGUAGAUUUUAUAUAGUUUUGUGCAGGAAAUUAGUCAUGUGUCACUUCAUGACCUGUCAAAUACAGACCACGUCUAUGACGGUGUUCCCAAUAGACUGUACCAUAUAGCCCAUAUACCAUAUAGUCGUAGGCUAAACUGUUAGGUUUGUGUAAGUACCCUCUGAUGUUAACACAAUGACAAAAUCUCAACACUUUUCUCAGGUUUCCCUGUCAUUAAGUGAUGUAUGAUUAAUUUUAAUGGCAACUAAUUUCCUAUACUAUGAACUUAGAACAAUAUAAUGGAUAACAAAAUACUUGCAGAGGUGAGAGGGUCAUUACAUUUUGUCUUCCCACCCCUUCACAUACACAAAUGGGUCAGAGAACUGCCUCUUCAUUAAAGAACUAAAGUGUGUGAACAUUGUACAUUUCCUCAAAUUUGGAAGAUAUUGUGACAAAGAGCUUUUGCAAAAGACUUCAGCCAGAAAUAAAAUGUGAUGUGUAAAGGGUAAAAAUAGAGAUUUCAACAAGAAAACAGGAGUCUCAAAAGUAGGUGAAAACCCACAAAUAAGGGAAAGUGGCUACAUUUUACAUAUACAAAAAACUCAAGAUGACCUGGAAAGAACAGUUGGUGCUCUGGACAGAAAAGAUUUGUAAUUACUUGAUUGAUUAUUAAAGUGAAAUUUAAGAAGGUUAAACAUUUUUGAAAGCUUUAAAGACGCAAUCACUCAAAAGAUAAUGAUUUCUCAUUUCCCAUUUUAGCUAUUGUGGAGUAACACCAACCAGAUUUACCUUCCUGCCUAAACAACAAAAAAUGGAUAAGAGACAAAAUUAUGGCGUUUGGAUAUUGGACAUCAGGUGC